CGGAGUCAGCCCGGUCGUUUUCAUCAUGGGGGACAUGAAAACUCCCGACUUCGAUGACCUGCUGGCUGCUUUCGACAUUCCUGACCCAACCAGCCUUGACGCCAAGGAAGCCAUCCAGACAGCCAGCGAGGAGAACGACAACCACCUUAAGCAGACGGGCAUCGGCAUAGACGAAAACGCCGCUUUGUCCCAUGCCGCCCCUCCGGCUUCCGACGUUCCUGUCGUGAGCGUCAUUGUGAAAAACACUUGUCGCCAGGAGUCAUUCGAGGCAGAAAAGGAUGGCAACCACCUCGCACCGGGCCUGUUGCACAACGGAUUCCGCGGCUCGGAUCUGCCACUGGAGACUCACGGCUAUAGGAAAUUCGAUUCGACGUUUGUCAAUGGGGACGGCUUGAGGAACUACCCGGAGAAGUUGGAACCAGCCAAAUCGGAGCCUUUACCGACUUUUAGUCAGUUCAGUCCCAUCUCCAGCCCGGAGCCGGACGACGUCCUCAAAGAAAACAGUAUUGUGGACAAACCUAAACUUGCCCAAACUCCUUAUUUCCCACCCCAUCCCAUGUAUAUCCCAUCGGGAUCGUCCGUGUUAGAUUUGCUCAGUAGGACCCUGCCGGAGCCGGAAUUCAGUAGGUUUAUAUCCACUGGCCCAUCGCUGCUAGAUCUCUUAAGUAAGAAACUGCCCGAACCAGAGCUGAGUAUGUUUGAUCAAUAUUGUAAAAGAGAUCCAAAGAUCGACAUACACGGCCUUCAGGAGAACAGGGCCGAUGUCGCCACCAAGAGAGAGCGUGACAAAAGCCCAGAGAAAUGUGACGGGGCUGACAAAGAUCUCACGGACACCCACGGUUCCUUUGGUGAAGGGCUUCCUCUUGGCAACUUCCAUGGCAAUAACCUGGGGGAAGGUAAAGGUUCUGUGCCCGAGAUGACCUUCUCUUCCUCCGUCCCACCUCGCCAGCGUCUCAAGCCCACUCACUCCAAGCUGUCCUCUUGCGUCGCUGCCCUGGUAGCCCUCCAGGCCAAAAAGGUGGCGGGUAUAUCCAAGGAGGAUCAGGUGAAUGUGACCAGAGAGCCUCCCGCCUCCUUUAAGGAUGGCAUGAAGGGGAGCCCCAAAAUGCCCAAAUCGCCCAAGAGCCCCAGGAGCCCGCUGGAAAUAGUGAGAAAGGUCAACAAGCAGCCCGACUCUCCUCGGAGCGUGUGUAGCGACAGCAGCGGCAAAGGUUCUCCUUCGGUGGCCACUGGCUCCCCUCCGGCCAUUCCCAAAGUCCGGAUCAAGACCAUCAAAACCUCUUCGGGGGAAAUUAAAAGGAUGGUCACGAGAAUCUUGCCCGAAGCAGACGACCUGGGCAAAUCUCCUCACGAUUCGCCUGCGGAUGGCUCAAUGGUCGAAUCCUUCCCUUCUCCAGAAGCAGCCUCUUCCCUGGAAGCCGAGCCGGGCAAGGAUUUUGCAAAAGCAACCACCCCGGAACCAAAUUUAGCCAGCCCCCAAAUCAACCCUUUGAUUUCAGACAUUCCCUUAAGCGACAUCCCCAGUGCGUCGCACUUGGCCAACAGCGGGAUGACGAAAGUAGGCCUUGUGGGACAGCCGUUGGGCAAAAAGCAGCAGCCGGGCACCGCAGCCCAGCUCUGCAACCCCGCCAGCCUCCUCCCCAAGGCUGUGCACCUGGCCAAUCUCAACCUGGUGCCCCACAGCGUGGCCGCAUCGGUGGCGGCCAGGUCCAACGUGCAGCGGCGGGGCCAGUCCCAACCGACCCAGGUGACCGUGCCGCUGAUGCAGCAGGUCAAGAAGACCGCCCCCCUCGUGGUCGAGGCAUUCAACAAAGUGUUGCACGGUGCCAACCCAGUGCCAAUCUACACACCCAACCUCAGCCCUCCCCUCGAGAGCAGUAUUCACGUUCCUGCUGCUGGCUAUGGCUGCCUGGAAUGUGGGGAUUCGUUUGCCUUAGAAAAAAGCCUGACGCAACAUUACAGCCGGAGGAGCGUGCAUAUCGAAGUCAUGUGCACCCAGUGUUCGGCCACACUGCUGUUCUUCAACAAGUGCAGCUUGCUCAAACACGCCCGGGAUCACAAGAGCAAAGGCUUCAUCAUGCAGUGUUCGCAACUCUUCAUGAAACCCAUUAACGUAGACCAAAUGUUCUCACCGUCCCCCACCAGCUCGUCGGCCUCGUCGAGCCCGCCCACCGCACGGCUGUCCUCUCUGCCCCAGAAGCCCUGCGCGGCCCCAGGAAGUGGGGCGGGCAGCACGAGCGCUACCCAGCCGGCCCUGCCUCUGUACACAGACCCUUUGAGACUUAUUCGUUAUGGAUUAAAGUGUUUUGAAUGUAAUAAACAGGCCUUGGACUAUAUCGCCCUAGCAGCACACUAUCAGAGGACAUCGGACGAUAAUGAGGGCCUGACAUGCCAAGUGUGUCAGAUGCUGCUGCCGAACAAAUGCAGUUAUUGUGCUCAUCAAAGAAUCCACACCCAUAAAUCUCCCUAUUGCUGCCCUGAGUGCGGGGCCAUUUGCCGGUCAGCCUACUUCCAAACCCACGUCAAAGAGAACUGCCUGCAUUACUCCCGCAAAGUCGGUUAGAGGUGCAGCCACUGCGGUGUGGUUUUCAUGUCCCAGGCUAUGCUGAAAGUCCACAUUCACGAGAAGCACUGCGAAGUCUUCCACAAGUGUUCGUUUUGCCCCAUGGCCUUCAAGUCUGCAGACAGCACCACCGCACACAUUAACAGCCAGCACCCUGCAGAGCCUCACAAGACAUCUCAGGUGAUCUACAAAUGUUCCUGCGAGACAGUCUUCAACAAGAAGAGACUUCUGCAAGAGCACUUCCAGCAAAACGCCAACCGGCUGAUGGUGGGCGUAUUUAAGUGCCCCCAGUGCCCACUGGUGUAUAUGCAGAAGCUGCAGUUAAUGCAGCAUGUCAAGAGCAUGCACGGAGUCCCGGAAAAUCCCGAGAAUUUCACCAGCGCUCGGCAGAAGGUUGAGACGACCGCUACGAGCAGUCCCGUCCUUCCCACGUCCAAGGAACUGUCCAUCGUCAACGGUACUUCUCAGCCGACCUCUUUGCCCACGAAAGGCGUAAGCCCGGAAUCCAAGCCGAAGUCCAAAACGGGCAGUUGGACUUGCCGGGUGUGCUCGCAGUGGAUCCCCGAUCGUGAAACUUACGUGUCCCACAUGAGGAAAAGCCACGGAAAGAACAUGAAGAGGUUUCCCUGCCGGCAGUGCGAGAGGUCAUUCGGUGCCUCCAACAGUCUGCACAGACACGUUCGCAAUAAUCACGACACAGCAAAGAAACUGUACCCUUGCUGGUAUUGCACAGACGAAAUCCAGACAUUUCCUCAGCCAUCGAUGCUGGAGAGUCACAUGAGCCUCAUGCAUGGCAUCAAAAAUCCAGAUCUUUCCCAGAUAUCCAAAGACUUGACAAAAACAAAAUCUCCAAAGAGAGUAACCGCCGAUGGUCCGAGUCCGAUGGAAGCAGCCGCAUCCGGAUCAGACGAUCCACCAGCAAAGAAACUGAAGGCAACCCGCUGGAAAUGUGCAAAGUGUGGCUUUGCGACGGCCACGGAGACUGAAUUUCUGGAACACAUACCUCGGCACAAGUCAGACAGUUCCACUUACCAGUGCCUGCUCUGCGGCUUGUGUUACACGUCGCACCUGUCUCUGAACAGGCACCUCUUUAUCGUUCAUAAAGUCAAAGAUCCGGAAGAAGAAGAAGAAGAGGAGGAGGAGGAAGAGGAGGAGCAGGAAGAGGAGGAGGAGGAGGAAGAAGAGCCAGAACAAGAGAGUGCAAAAAAGAUUCCGGAAAUGGAAACGAGAGAGAAUGGACUGGGUGAAGCCAACAGUGAGACCAGCCACAGCAGGGCAAAAGGAGAUCCUUCCAAGAACAAAGACUCGGAGCGCGACCCCGCGCCCUGCAGCAAAGAGAAAAGCAGUUCUCAGAACAAACCCACAAAGUCUCCCUCUAUUUAAGAGUCCGCUCAGCUGCCCCAGAAACCUUGCUUGAAGGAGGGAGGGAGGGAGGUUGUUCAUUGGAUGGGCAUAAGGUUCAGUUCAUUUUGAUCGGGGAGGGAAAUUAACAACACACCCAAUUGCCACCAUCUCCCUAGCACUAAAGAGAAGGGGAGGGAAGAGAGAGAAGGAGAGAAAUUAGAACAGUCUUUCUCAAUCUUGGAUGCUUUUAAGAGGUGUGGGCUUCGGCUCCCAGAAUUCCCCAGCCAAGCUUUGCUCAAAGUUGAAAUCCACACCUCUUAAAGCGGCCAAGAUUGAAAAAGACUGGCAGAUAGGAUAAUCGUGGCAAGUUUUCCCCAGCAAAAAAAAAAUGAAGCAUUCACCUGCUGCCCAAGACUUUUUGCCUAUUAGCUCAGAUUUUUUAAUUAAGAAUACAGUCCUUUCUCCCACCCUCUUCAGCCCCCUCCCCUCCCCACUCCCUUAGCCCCAGGAUGCCAGGAAGCUUCUGGCCAUACCAUCACUCGCUGAUUUCUUUUCAAAGCAAAAAUUCCACCCAGCCUGAAAAAUUACCUUUCAGAUACUCUGAAUGAAACCUGCAUCCUCCCCCCCCCCCCCGAAGACACAUUUCCAGCACUAUUCAGUAGCAGGUUUUCUUUUUUCAUUUCUGAGAAAACAUUAUAAAGGGGGGGGGCUGCUAAAUCUUUGCUGUAGGGGAAAAUCAGUUGCAUAUCCACUUGAGGAUUUGCUAAAAGUUGGAGGCACAGGUAUUUUUUAAAAAAACCUGCCCAAGUAAAGAUUGACAUCUGUUGUAAGAAAGAAUAAGAACAGGAAAAAAAAAUUGUGAGGCUUGCAUUUUUGGAUCUUUGGGCAGUCUCUUCUCUUCCAUGGUUAGCAACCCUCCUUCCUCAGAUCUGGGGAGCAAUGUUCAUCGCUCCCCUGACUGUCAGUGAUCAGAGCUGCUUCCAGUCCUGGUUGAAAAGUAUUGAGGGCCAGGAGAGGGACAGAUUGGCUUGCCUUAUUUUCCUUCUAGUAUGGUCCCAGAAGAUUUUAUAUAUAUAUAUAUAUAUAUAUCAGUUGGGUGGCUCAGGAAUUCUGGGAGUUGAAGUCCACAGGUCCUAACGUCCCCGUAGUUGCUCACUGCUGCCCUUUAGAACGUCCUCUGCUUGUCGGUUCAGAAAACACAAGAAUUUGGGGCUGAUGAAGUUUAUUCCAUGAGGAAGGGGAGGGGAAAUCGCAGUCUGAUCCUUCCUCAAAUACACCUGCUCUUCCAAAGCACACCUUUUCCCUCCUCACCCCUUUCCAGGUUUUUUUUUUUUAAUCUCAGUUGCUCCCCCCCUCCCCACAUUAAUUGGAGAUUGCUUUCCUCCCCUUUAACCUUGAUUCAUUUCCCCCCCAUCUGUGGCUUCCGCCCCACUCCCGCCCCGCCCCAUGUGCUUUUCCUCACGCUUCGUAUAAUAUUUACUUUUUGUUUGUUUGUUUGUUUGUUUGUUUUAAUAUGGUUGUUAUGUUUCAAGUCGGACACCCUGCUCAUGGUUUACUAUAAAUAAUUUAAAAAGGAAAAAAAAAAAUAUUUUACCCUAUUUAUCAUAUGGCCAUUUGAAUUUGCUCACUUUCUCGUCCGGACGUGUUUUGAUAAAACCCUUUGUAUUUUUUGAUACCGUGUACAUUUUAGUCUAGGGGAAUGUUUUACAAGUUAGCCUAGCUAUAGUUAACAAAUAGCAGGGGGCAGGGAGGACAUUCCUCCCAAGCCAUCACAUAUCUAUUUAAUCUGCAGUGGCAUCUGUGCCUUGCUAUAAUGUUUACUUCAAAGUAUUUCAAAUAAAACCAUCUAAUAAUG